AAUUUUAUACAUCCCCUUGGAAAGGAAAGAAUAAAAGUCAGCUGCUUUUAUUUUUCUCGGUUCGGAUUUUACAAAUCGAACAAAGUCUUUGGUUCCUCUCUAUCUUCCUCUGUUAUUCGGAUCUGUAAAUAAGAAAAAAGAUGAUAUUCACGAGGGGUAUUGCUCGGAAGAUUCUGAGAAACCGCAGCUUCUAUGGCUCCUCCUCUCGAUCUCUUGUCGCCUCGAAUCACUUACCCAUCAUCUCCCAUCAGGGUCACUCGUCUUCUUGUUCCGAAUCUUCACACAAGUAGGGUUACGUUUGCAGAGGUACUACUUAUUCAUUGACUUCUCCUGUUUUUGGGAGCUUUAGACAUCAACUCUAUCACCAGAGCAGCUCUGUUGUUGAGGAGGAGCUUGAUCCGUUUUCGCUUGUAGCCGAUGAGCUGUCACUUCUUAGUAAUAAGUUAAGAGCCAUGGUAGUUGCCGAGGUUCCGAAGCUUGCCUCUGCGGCUGAAUACUUCUUCAAAAGGGGUGUGGAAGGCAAACAGUUUCGUCCAACUAUUUUGCUGUUGAUGGCGACUGCUCUGAAUGUACGCGUAACAGACGCAUUGGCUGCUGAAUCAGCAGAUAUAGUCCCAUCUGAAUUACGCGUAAGGCAACGGGGUAUUGCUGAAAUCACUGAAAUGAUACAUGUUGCAAGUCUACUGCACGAUGAUGUCUUGGAUGAUGCCGAUACAAGGCGUGGUGUUGGUUCCUUAAACUUUGUAAUGGGUAACAAGAUAUCGGUAUUAGCAGGAGACUUUUUGCUCUCUCGGGCUUGUGUGGCUCUUGCUGCUCUAAAAAACACAGAGGUUGUAUCGUUACUUGCAACUGUUGUAGAACAUCUUGUUACCGGUGAAACCAUGCAAAUGACUAGCACAACCGAUCAGCGUCAUAGCAUGGACUACUACAUGCAGAAGACAUAUUAUAAGACGGCCUCACUAAUCUCAAAUAGCUGCAAAGCAAUCGCGUUACUCGCUGGACAAUCAGCAGAAGUUGCCAUGUUAGCUUAUGAGUACGGGAAGAAUCUGGGAUUGGCAUUCCAAUUGAUAGACGACGUUCUUGACUUCACUGGCACAUCAGCUUCUCUUGGAAAGGGAUCCUUAUCGGAUAUCAGCCAUGGAAUCAUAACAGCUCCAAUUCUCUUUGCCAUGGAGGAGUUCCCACAACUACGCACAGUUGUUAAUCAGCUUGAAAAAGAUCCAACAAAUGUUGACAUUGCUUUAGAGUAUCUUGGGAAGAGCAAGGGAAUACAAAGGACAAGAGAGUUGGCUAUAGAGCAUGCAAAUCUCGCAGCAGCAGCAAUAGGGUCUCUACCUGAAACAGACGAUGAAGAUGUCAAGAGAUCGAGGCGUGCACUUAUUGACUUGACCCAUAGAGUCAUCUCCAGAAACAAGUGAAGAUACACAAUACAAACAAUUGUCAUAACUUACAAUUUCAUUCGAUUCCAUUUGUAGGAUUUUGUUUUUUUUGUUCAACUCUUUUCACGAAAUGAUUUGUUGGACAAGAAGUGGUUUUCAUUUUAAACAAAACAUAAAUGAAAAGAAGAACAGUGACACUGCUAGUGCUUGUGAAAUCAUUCUCUG